GCAAAAGGCAACCACAGUAUUGACUUGGUAUUGACACUGACAGUUUUUCAUACUGAAAAGUUCCCACUAGCAUCACCCAAAGCCUGUCAGUGUCACCACUGACUCCAACGGAAGCCCGAAUCCCCCAUCCCUCAUCCCUCCCCGCGCCUAUCAUGGCCCACCACCUCACCUCCCCAUCCGAAUACCAAACCCUAAUCAAUGACUAUGACACCUGGAUGUUCGACUGCGAUGGCGUAUUAUGGCACGGCGAUCGAUUAAUCGAAGGCGCAGUAGAAGUUCUGGAGAUCCUUCGGAAGCGAGGGAAGCGCGUUUUUUUUGUUACUAAUAAUGCUAGCAAGUCCAGGAAGAGUUAUAAGGGCAAGUUCGAUAUGUUGGGCGUGGAAGCGAGUGUGGAAGAGAUAUAUGGAUCGGCAUAUGCUUCUGCUGUUUACAUCUCAUCCGUCAUGAAGCUUCCAAAGGAUAAGAAGGUGUAUGUGAUUGGGAUGGCAGGGAUCGAGGAAGAGCUGCGAGAAGAAGGCGUCUCCUUCAUCGGUGGAACGAACCCAGCAGACUGCACCCUUGACCCAUUCUCACUAUCAAACUUCUCACUCGACCCAGACGUCCAAGCUGUACUUUGCGGUUUGGACCUUAGCGUAAAUUAUACCAAACUAUCAAAAGCAUUCCAAUACCUCACACGAAACCCCGGCUGCCAAUUCCUGGUCACAAAUGAAGACAGCACAUUCCCGAGCGCGGAUGGUCUCUUGCCUGGAGCUGGAGCCAUCAGCGCCCCAUUACGCUUUGCGCUGGAGAAGGAUCCGAUAAGUAUCGGAAAACCCGCAAAGACGAUGUUGGAUUGUAUUCAAGCCAAGGUGAAAUUCGAUCCGAAACGCACAAUAAUGGUCGGGGAUCGCUUGAACACUGAUAUUCUAUUCGGACAAGCUGGAGGUCUUGCGACGCUCCUUGUCCUGACGGGCAUCACAUCGAAGCAAGAUAUCACCGGCCCAAAUGCUUCACCAAUAGUACCCGACUACGUCACCCAGUCUAUCGGAGAUCUUCGCGUCCUCGAUGGAAAAUAGUUCUAGUCUUCUCCCGUGCAUAGAAGAUAGAAGGGGCU